GCAGUUUAGAUCAAUAGUUCCAUUGUAUUGAACAAACCGAGAAAACAAGCUCAAGCCUCCCGGAACUACCGGGAGGCCUCCGCAUUGCCCCCUAACCUCUGAUGCCUUCCCGCGGGGCUGCAGCCACCAGCGAUCCAUCUCACUUUCCCACAAGGGUCCAGUAGCUCACUGAUCGACGUCCACUAGUCUCCAUCUCCCAAACACCACCAAUGACAACGCAUCUGUAUCCAUCCGAUGUCUCAAGCUGAUCUAUUUCGGUAUCAGGCCGCCAUCGCAGGGCUCUGCAUCUCAGCGAUGCUGUCAUGACCAGUCCUAUAAAGCUGGGUGUAUUUACCACAACAUUGCUGCCGCUGCAAUCCAACCCAUCACCAUCAUCAUCAGAAACAACUACCUUAACCCCUCUUCCAUCCCUUCACCCAUCGCAAUGAAGACCUUCGCCGCAGCAGCCGCCUUCCUAGGCACCGCCCUGGCCCAGAACGCCGCCAUCGGCCUCCCCAAGGCCGGCCAGACCGUUCAGCCAGGACAGAGCCUCACCGUCCAAGUUCAGCGGCCGAACACCAUCACUGGCUCCCAAGAAAUGGCCGUCGCCAUCGGCUUCCAGUCCUGCGCCAGCGGCAACUGCUACGCGGCCGACGAAUACAUGGGGACCAUCCUCUACAACGGCGCCUUCAACCCCGUCUACCACGAAUACUACCUGCCGCCGUACGAGAACUUCACCGUCACAGUGCCCGCGUCGGCGGCGGCGGGCCAGGCGGUCAUCGGGGUGGCGCAUGCUACUUUGGUCGGGGCGUCCGCGGCCCCUUACUUGGAGGUUUUGAAUCAGACGGUUACUGUUGCUUAGAUCGGGGUGGUUUUGGGGAAUGCGUGUAUAUACUAUUCGUGGGUGAUGGUUUAAGUUAGCUUCUGCUGUUAAAUCCAUUGUCGUUCUGUGUGUAAACGAUGACACGUGGU